AUGACGUUUCCGACACUAUGCAAGCAACUUGAAUCUGAGCUAACGGUUGCCGAAACAAAAAUCUUACAACUCGAACAGGUACUAAACCUACACGAGUUAGAACAAAAGGGUAAAGAAACUGACAAUGGGCUUUGUCAUGAUCAUUCCUGCAUUAUUUUGGAGACACUCAGCACUAAUUGCAUUAGAAAUCAACACGCGCCUCCGACUCAAGAGAAUACCUGUAGUAAUAAAUAUAUUACAUCUCAAGAAUUACCACCUAACCCUCGAAUACCACCAAAACAAGUUGAUAAGCAGGAGCCUCAAAAACAUGCUGGUCAAGUAAGUCAAUUCCCAAAACAUACGGAAAUUUCGGACAUAACUAACUGUUAUGCCAUCCCGACUCGCGUUACCCAUAGAACACCAUCAAAGAAAUCGACGUGGCGACGAAAUAAACAUGGCGCUAGAAUCAACCAGACUGAGGAGG